AUGGAACUCCUGGUGACGGCACAAGGGAAAGAGAUGCGCGACCAGCCGCACCUCGACCUCUUGUACUUCGAGCCAUUCAUCCCUCGACCCACCGCACGCGACCUGUUCGAGUUCCUGCGCGACGAACUGUUCUUCUACCGCGUCAAGUAUACCAUCAAGCGUUUUGGUAAGGAGACCGUCAUCAACACGCCGCGAUUCACUACUGUGUUUGGAGUUGAUGAGACCAGUUGGUUUCGCAUUCCCAUGGCCACAGACAAUGGCAAUGGCACCGGCAAUGGCAACAAGAACAGCAACACCAACACCAACACCAACACCAACACCAACACCAACACCAACACCAACACCAACACCAACACCAACACCAACACCAACACCAACACCAGCACCAGCACCAAUGGCAACGGCAACGGCAACGACAACAACGACAACGAUGCAGACACAUCGGAGAUACCUGGCGUCGGCGUCGGCGUUGGCACUGCUGUCCUCGAAGCAUCCAGCACAGUUAACCCCAUCCGUGACAGACAGAGAUACAGAUACCGUUGUACGCCGCGACCGAUCCCGCAGUGUCUAGAUCUACUACGACGAGUGACCGAGGCGAGCACGGACACGCGCUACAACUUCUGCCUGGUCAACUACUACGCCUCGGGCGACGACAGUAUCUCGUACCACAGUGACGAUGAGCACUUUCUCGGGCCGGACCCGGCCAUUGCGUCGUUUACCCUGGGGGCGAGGCGAGAUUUCCUCAUGAGGCACAAACCACCGAAUGCUAAACUAGACAACACGAGCACGAACACGAACAUGGACCCGAACACAAACACGAACACGGACCCGAACAGCAAAGCCCAGGGUAUCAAAGCCAAGGAUAUCAAGGCCCAGAAUAUCAAAGCCCAGGAUAAAGCCCAAGAUUCCAAAAUCAAGUUAUCCCUAGGCAGUGGCGACAUGGUCCUCAUGCGCGGCCCCACCCAGGCCCAUUGGCAGCACAGCAUUCCCAAGCGCAAGGGCAAAGGCAAGGACUCGAACUCAGGCCGCAUCAACAUCACCUUCCGCCGCGCCAUGGUCCCCGCAGGCACGGAGAACUACUACCGCUACAACGUGGGAGAUGGCGGCGUGUUUAGAUGGGACAAGUCGGCGAGAGAGAUGAAGCCUUGGUCUAGAUAG